AAAACACCGGAGAGAGAGAAGGUUUUACGUGACUGUGUUGUGGUAGUUCCGAUUCCGACAUGAAGUUCACAGAUUCUCCGGUUAUAGACCUUUCGGUGGGCGGCACCGCCCUUUCCCUCCAGCAGGAUAAUGGUUCAAUGCACGUCGGCACUUCCGUCUGGCCUUGUUCUCUUGUCCUCGUCAAAUUCGUUGAUCGAUGGUCCUCAAUCACCCCCACCGAAAACCCUUACUCCUCUCUCCUUGAUUUCCGAGGCAAACGGGCCAUCGAAAUCGGAUGCGGCUGCGGCGCCGCCGGCAUGGGCCUCUACCUCCUUGGCCUCACAGAUUUACUUCUCACCGAUAUAUCUCCGGUGAUGCCGGCCCUCAAACAUAACAUCAAACGCAACAAGCCCGUCCUUAAGAAAGCCCUAAAACACUCUGUUCUUUACUGGAACAAUCCCGCCCAAAUUGCCGCCCUUAAUCCCCCAUUUGAUAUUGUUAUUGCUACUGAUGUUGUUUACAUUGAGGAAACUGUUGGGCCGCUUAUUUCGACCAUGGACACGCUGAUCGGGAACAACGGCAUCGUUCUGUUAGGAUACCAAUUGAGGUCCCCUGAAGCGGAUGAGCUGUUCUGGGAAAUGUGUGAUAGGAUUUUUCAAAUUGAGAAGAUCCCACAUCAGGAUUUGCAUCCCGAAUUUGCCUACGAGGAGUCUGAUGUUUAUGUCCUGAGGAAGAAGAAGGAGGAGAAGGCAUCGGGGAGUUGAUUCGUAUGAGUUAAAUUUCUCUGUUACAUUGUUCAUUCUAUAGCUUAAAGCUAAUGCAUGCAUGUUUAUGGGCUUUCAAUAUACGACCACCCUUUUGGGUUCUGGAGCUGAAUAUGGAAAUUGCAAGUGUUGUGUGAUUUCAUUGAUGAAGUUCGUCUUCUGAUAUUGAAGUUUUACAUUGUGAUAUCAAAGUCUCUUCCUUUUUGUGUGUUUGCAUAUUCAUUUGAACUUGCUAGGAAAAUUCAGAUAGCCACUUUGGUUUUGCAAGACAUUGCAGGAUUCAAUCUUAAAAAGUUCAAUUAUGAUCUAGA